UAGCGAAAUGAACACAACGACUCGAUUCUGUGAAAGAGGAGGGCAAGGAGUUAGUUCGUGGCCGAAUAAACAAAUGGCGGAGAAAAUAAAACCACCUUGGCCUCGAGGUUGAUAAAAUAACAAACUAAUGGAUGGAUGGAUAAGUAUUACAGUUCGACGGCGAAUUUCGUAAAUUAUAGCCAUCGCGAUGGAGGCGGAAGUUUUGGUUAAUACGAUAUGCCCGUCGCCGGAGGAAUUGAGUGUCAUAGUAAAGAGUGUCCGGUGCUUGGAAUGCGGGCUUGUAUUUCAAAACGAGCCUCGACUCCGACUCCACGAUCUUAAGGUUCACAAGCAGGGAAACUUGGCGAAAAAUGACAAGAAAAAUAUACAGUAUCAUUGCCCCGUUGCCUCCUGCGUAUACGCUCUUAAAUCCGAACGAUACUUCACCACCAUGAAGUACCUUAAACAGCAUUACCUCAAAGUGCAUGCAGCUAAAACCUUCAUGUGUACCCAAUGCUCCAAAUGUUUUUCAACCGAGGCCGCUAAGGAUGCUCACGUCAGGAUAUGUGGUGUGCAAUUCACCUGCAAUUGCCUUAAAGUAUUCUCAACCUACGAAGCUUUGCUUACGCAUGCCAAACGCUACAAGCACGUCAUAGACAACAAAUACAAACUUUUACUCAAAAAGACAAAAUUGAAGACUUUACCCGCUGUUCAAGUCACAAUUGUUAACGUUGGCAAGCCGGUUAAUAUCUUGCCAAAUUCCAUAGAAGGAUCUAAUACCUAUACUUAUGUGAUGGAUGGAAAAUUGAAGGUAACUUGCGAUGCAGCAAUGCAGACUGAUGAGUUGAAGAGGGCGAAAAAAGUUUCUAGUCCGUUGAAAAGUGGGGCAGCAAAGCGCAGGAUAUCGCAGCAGACUCAGACAGGUGGUUUGAAAACUGAGAAGCAUCAUAAAACAUCUGCGGAAACGCAGACAAACGAACGUUAUAUCAUUACGAAAUCCAUGCAGCAAGAAUCAAGCUUAAACAUGUUGAAAGACUGGAAAUGUCGGAAGAGCGAACUGCCCAAGGAUUUAGACUCCACUAUACUGAAGGAGGAUUUGAACUUUGCAGACAAUUUUGAAACUCAAAAUCUAUUUUCAAGCAGUCCGUUGCCGUUGAGUCACGACGUCGGCUUGCAGGAUCUAUGGGAAGUGAAGAAUACAUCGGGUACUCAGACGAACGAAGCAAAUUUACUCGAGGAUCUGAACGAAAAUGUCACCCAAACGGAUCUAAACAUAUUUUAUAAUCACGAUGAGCCUACACUGAUGCAUUCUGGUUCCCAAACUACAAACCUCAACAACAUUCAAUACAUUGAAGAUAACUCGAUCGGCAAUACUCUCUCCUUCGCGAGGAUAAGUAGCGUCGGACACUCGGAUUCUUUGUUGAUGGAAAAGAUGUUUGAUAAUAAAUUUAGCAGUAUUGAAACGCAGACUGAGCUCGCGUUUACACGGCAGCUUUUUGACCAGGAUACCUCCUUCACCUACAGUUCCAAUACGGAAACCCAGACUACCGAGAGCUUUGAGAAUAUGGACGAACUUUUGUACAGCAACACGUGCACCCAAACUUCGGAUGAAAUUCUACUCUCAGAUUUGGGCUUUUCCGACAUUCAAACUCAGACUGCAUGGCCACAAAUCAGCGACGCCACCGUGUCUACGGAAACGCAAACCAAAAUAUCCAAGUCCGUUCAGAACGAUUCCAACAUUGGGAGGUCUUGGUUACACGCUCAGACCAACCACAUGGAGACUCAGACUGAGCUUCUGAAUUUUUUUCAGAAUCUCAAUUGACGCGGUGAAAAUUUUUUAAUUACUAUUUCACGAUAGUAUUCUACUUUCUCACAAUAGCAUUCUAUUUUCUCUAGUAUUGGAGAAUCUUUGUGUUUUAAUCAAGGUGCUGGUAGCAAGCGCAGGCGCGAUAACCUGUGCGAAAAUAUUUCAAUAGUGUGGAAAUUCUUCUAAUAUUUCUGGUUUAUUGUUCAUCAUUCAAGGGAUUAAGAAAUAAAAAAAUGAAGUCCAUUUUGCACGAUUUCUAUGGACAAAAAGUCUUUGAAAACAAAUAAAGAUAAUAAAAAUCAUUGUUGAAAAUAAAAAACUGGAAGAACGCGUCAUUCGAAAUGUCGUACUUAUACAUACACGGUACUUGCGUUCUUUAAAUCUAUUGAAAACGUAAAUUAAGUCAUUCCUACAACCUUCUGUAAAUAUGUUUAUUGGUGUCUAUUAAACUUUAUUAUAGUAUUAUAAAUAUAACAGAUAUAGCAUUCGAUCGAUGUUAUUAUAAAUACCAUAUUAAUAAAUAAUAUAAUUACAAUCCA